CUAGACGCUUCCCAAUCACCGGAGUUUCCAAAGCCUUAUCUUCUAAAACCCUAGUUACGUUUCAUUGUCUCCUUCGCUCUACUAGCUGUUUUCAGGCGCUUCGCCACUGUUUGAGGUUCUAGCAAUUACCUGGUUGUUGGUAGCAAAUGGCAUCAACCCUCACCACCAUCUCUUCUAUUUUCGUGUCUCCAUGUGGCCUUUCUCUGGAUAAAAAAUGUACAAAUUCUGCAGACAAUUUGGCAUCAUUUGCUUCAAUAUCUAUAAGUUCUUUCAGAGAUAGAAAAGGAAAUGUUUUGCAAAAAAGAUAUUCUCCUAAAGUCAGGGCAAUGGCCAAAGAAUUGCAUUUCAACAAAGAUGGUUCUGCUAUUAAGAAGCUGCAGGCCGGUGUUAACAAGCUUGCAGAUCUAGUGGGGGUUACUCUUGGUCCAAAAGGAAGGAAUGUGGUUUUAGAGAGCAAGUAUGGCUCCCCUAAAAUUGUUAAUGAUGGUGUAACUGUAGCUAAAGAGGUUGAAUUGGAGGACCCUGUUGAGAAUAUUGGUGCUAAGUUGGUGAGACAAGCUGCUUCUAAGACCAAUGAUUUGGCUGGAGAUGGGACGACUACAUCUGUAGUUCUGGCACAAGGAUUGAUUACUGAAGGUGUUAAGGUGGUGGCGGCUGGUGCGAAUCCUAUUCAGAUUACACGGGGUAUUGAGAAAACAACUAAAUCCCUGGUGGCUGAGCUUAAGUUAAUGUCGAAAGAGGUUGAAGACAGUGAACUAGCAGAUGUCGCUGCAGUUAGUGCAGGAAACAACUAUGAAGUGGGAAAUAUGAUAGCUGAAGCCAUGAGUAAAGUGGGGAGGAAAGGUGUGGUGACUCUUGAAGAAGGCAGGAGUUCCGAGAACAGUCUUUAUGUUGUGGAAGGCAUGCAAUUUGACCGUGGCUAUAUUUCUCCUUACUUUGUCACUGACAGCGAGAAAAUGGCUGUUGAGUAUGAGAAUUGCAAGCUGCUUCUGGUUGACAAAAAGAUAACAACUGCAAGGGAUUUAAUUAAUGUAUUGGAAGAUGCAAUUAAGGGAGGGUACCCAGUGUUAAUAGUUGCAGAAGACAUUGAGCAGGAAGCUCUUGCUACUCUUGUUGUGAACAAGCUUAGAGGGGCAUUAAAGAUUGCCGCACUCAAAGCCCCUGGAUUUGGAGAGCGCAAGAGCCAAUAUCUAGAUGAUAUUGCUAUCCUUACUGGAGGAACUGUGAUAAGAGAUGAGGUUGGGUUAUCUCUUGACAAGGCUGGAAAUGAGGUUUUGGGUCAUGCUGCAAAAGUGGUGGUCACCAAGGAUACAACAACAAUUGUUGGUGAUGGCAGCACCCAGGAAGCAGUAAACAAACGGGUUGCACAGAUCAAAAACCUUGUUGAGGCAGCUGAGCAAGACUAUGAAAAAGAGAAGCUUAAUGAAAGAAUUGCAAAACUCUCAGGUGGUGUUGCUGUUAUUCAGGUUGGGGCACAGACAGAAACAGAACUUAAGGAAAAAAAAUUGAGAGUGGAGGAUGCACUUAAUGCCACAAAGGCAGCUGUUGAGGAAGGCAUUGUGGUGGGUGGUGGGUGUACUCUAUUGCGGCUUGCAGCAAAAGUUGAUGCCAUUAAAGAUACUCUUGAUAAUGAUGAGCAGAAGGUGGGAGCUGAUAUUGUUAAGCGGGCAUUGCGCUACCCAAUGAAGCUAAUUGCCAAGAAUGCCGGUGUUAAUGGAAGUGUUGUGAUUGAGAAGGUGCUGACUAGUGACAACGCCAAGUAUGGGUACAAUGCUGCAACAGGAGGAUAUGAGGACCUAAUGGCUGCUGGUAUAAUUGAUCCCACAAAGGUGGUAAGAUGUUGCUUGGAGCAUGCUGCUUCAGUUGCAAAGACCUUCCUUACAUCAGAUGCCGUGGUGGUUGAAAUUAAGGAGCCCGAAACUAUGGCUGCUGGGAACCCCAUGGAUAAUUCAGGUUUUGGGUACUGAGUUGCUAUAGCCUUUAGGCUUGCGGCUUGAAUAAAUGUAUACCAUGAUUGGUUCUACUCUAUCUUUCUAAAGGGACUAGAGAUGGUAUCCUUGUGAGAACAAAGGCUCGAGUCUUUUCAACUGCAAUACUUGUUUAGAGAAUGCUCAUUGCCUGAGUUGCUCGAUGAGAGAUCUUUGAAUUUUUUACCUUUUAUUUUUUUGGUCACUGUUGAACAUGAUAGAAAUGAUCAAAUUCUGGCAAUGUAGUUUGAGUUGAGGUUGAAUUGGGCUCUGGAUUUUGACUUUUUGUACGUUUUUAGUGUAAUUAAGGAUGUGUUGGUACACUGCCUAGUAGUCUCUUUUAUUCUCUGCUAUCAAAGUUGAACCAAUGCCUACCGGUAGGUGGUAGAUCAUAAGAGCAGCCUAAGCUUAAACAAAUUUUGAUACUAUAACUGUAUAACAACGCUCCAUACAGAGAAGGAUCAGCUGCAUUUGAUUGCAAUUCAUCUAUGGCUCAAAACGGAUUAAUCUUACUUUGUAUCUCGAAAGAUAUUUUGAUGUUUAAUUUGUACCUUUAAACAUUAAAAAUUUUAGUUUGUGCUUUCAAUGUUAUGAAUUGGUGAUAAU